ACCAGAUAAUGCGUGUUUUGAUCUGAGGCGUUUCGAUGCAGGAUUGAACCAAGGAGCUGGAAUUAUACCGCCUUGGAUUGAACUUCUUGCUCUAAAUUGAGCUAUUUUGAUUGUGAAUUCAGCUCUACAGCAAUUGAAUUUUGCAGAAAAUGACGAAGAAAAAGCCCCUAGGAAUUGGUCUGAGUCGCGAUGAGCGAAUGGUGAUCGUAGUGGGUGAAAUCAUCCAGGAACUGCUCAAAGCACAUCGCGAGGGUAAAGACGUAAAUCUCAACCGGUUGAAAACAAGAAUCGCUUCCAACUAUGCACUGGAUAGCGCCCCGCGGUUGGUGGACAUUAUUGCUGCGGUGCCACAUGAUGCUAAACCCAUAUUGCUACCGAAACUGAAGGCGAAGCCAAUCAGAACGGCCAGUGGGAUUGCUGUUGUCGCCGUCAUGUGUAAACCACACCGUUGUCCGCACAUCAAUAUGACGGGAAAUAUAUGCGUGUACUGCCCAGGUGGACCAGACAGCGAUUUCGAAUAUUCCACCCAAAGCUACACCGGUUAUGAGCCGACCUCGAUGCGAGCUAUCCGCGCUCGGUACAAUCCGUUUCUCCAAACCCGGCAUCGUGUGGAGCAACUCAAGCAGUUGGGACAUUCGGUUGACAAAGUUGAAUUCAUUGUCAUGGGUGGCACGUUUAUGUGCCUGCCCGAAGACUAUCGGGAUUACUUCAUCCGCAACCUUCACGAUGCCCUCUCGGGUCAUACCAGUUCUAGUGUUGAAGAGGCGGUACGGUAUUCGGAGAAGUCGCACACUAAAUGUAUAGGAAUAACGAUCGAGACCCGUCCGGAUUACUGUCUGAAGCGUCACUUGUCAGAUUUGCUAUCGUAUGGUUGCACGCGAUUGGAAAUAGGAGUUCAAUCGGUUUAUGAGGACGUUGCGAGGGAUACGAAUCGAGGUCACACGGUGAAGGCAACCUGUGAAAGUUUUCAAAUGUCGAAAGACGCUGGAUUCAAAGUAGUUUCGCACAUGAUGCCCGAUUUACCCAAUGUCGACAUCGAGAGGGACAUUGAACAGUUUAUAGAAUUCUUCGAGAAUCCGGACUUUCGUGCCGAUGGUUUGAAAAUCUAUCCGACGCUGGUCAUCCGCGGCACUGGUUUAUACGAACUGUGGAAAACGGGUCGCUACAAGAGUUAUCCGCCUUCGACCUUGGUUGAUUUGGUGGCGAAGAUUCUUGCGUUGGUUCCACCGUGGACACGUGUGUAUCGUGUCCAACGUGAUAUUCCUAUGCCGUUGGUAAGCUCCGGUGUCGAACAUGGAAACCUCCGCGAGUUGGCGCUCGCUCGAAUGAAGGAUCUUGGAACAGAUUGUCGCGAUGUAAGAACUCGGGAGGUUGGAAUCCAGGAGAUCCACAACAAAGUGCGACCCUAUGAAAUUGAGCUGAUUCGUCGGGAUUAUGUUGCCAACGGGGGAUGGGAGACUUUUCUUUCGUACGAAGAUCCCAAGCAGGACAUUUUGGUUGGGUUGUUGCGGUUGAGAAAGUGCUCGCCGGAUACUUUCCGGUCGGAGUUAUUGGAUAACUGUUCGAUUGUGCGUGAGCUCCAUGUGUACGGUUCGGUGGUACCGGUGAAUGCAAGGGAUCCAACCAAGUUCCAGCAUCAAGGUUUCGGAAUGCUGCUGAUGGAGGAAGCCGAACGAAUCGCCCGGGAGGAGCAUGGUAGUGGGAAGCUAGCCGUUAUAUCGGGUGUUGGUACGAGGAAUUACUAUCGUAAGAUGGGGUACGAGCUGGAUGGACCCUACAUGUCCAAGAUGCUUCUGAACAUUUACGCGUAAGUCGGAAAACAAAAU